UCGGUCCAAUGACAUGCCACUGCCCUGACAUCACACAUCCCUGAACGCCCCAUCGCAGCUUCUGUAGUGGGGCUGAAGACGACUACCCCUCAAGUGAAAACACGCCCAACUGACAUCUUAGCCAGUACUUACUCGAGGCUAUUGCAGAUUCGCCCGUUGCAUAUCCAUCUAUCCAUCACUCCCUUCUUUCCUCACAUAGCAAAUACCCGAAUCACAUUCGCAAAAAUGAUCAACUUCGGCAUCAUCGGCACCAAUUGGAUCACCCACUCCUUCAUCGCAGGUGCGCACGCAACUGGGAAAUGGAAUCUCACAGCCGUCUACUCCCGCAAAUCGGAAACAGCGCAAGAGUUUGCGUCGAAAUAUGAGGGCAAGCAGAUUGCAACAUACACCGACCUCCAUGACCUAGCCAAGGACUCCAACAUCUCGACAGUAUACAUUGCGAGCCCAAACAUCCUGCACUACGAACAAGCAAAGUUGUUCUUGAACGCGGGCAAAAACGUCAUCCUCGAGAAGCCGUCGUGCAGCACAGUCUCGGAGCUAGACGACCUAUUCAGCACAGCGAAAGAAAAAGGCGUCGUACUAAUCGAAGCAUUUCGCCACAUCCAAGAAGCCAAUUUCAAGCUCCUCAAACAGCAAAUCCCCAGACUGGGGCCCAUCUACGGCGCGAGCAUCAUCUUCGCGCAGUACUCCAGCCGCUACGAGAAAGUGCUCGCAGGCGAAGUGCCCAACAUCUUCAACCUGGAGAUGGGCGGCGGCGCUCUGGUCGACUUGGGCGUGUACUGCGUCGCAGCCGCCAUCGACCUGUUCGGCGCACCCCAAGACGCCACAUACUGGCCCGUCAAGAUCGCAACCGGCGCUGAUGGAGGCGGCCGCCUCAUCCUCUCCUACCCGGAUUUCACCGUCCACCUGUCCCAUUCCAAAAUCUACAAUUCAGACUCGCCGAAUGAAAUCUAUGGCGAGAAGGGCACGUUGGUCAUUCCUACUAUUACGGAUAUCGAAACGAUUACGUUUUGGGAUCCCAAGUCGAAGAAGAAGGAGCUGGUGCAGGGCUUGGUCAAGCCCGAGGAACUUAAUCUCAAGGAGGAGGCGGCCGAAUUUGCGAGGGUCAUUGAGGAGAAGGAUGGGCAGGCGCUCAAGAGGUAUGAGCAGCAUAGCCGGGAUGUGCUCAAGGUCAUGGAGAAGGUGAGGCAUGAGAAUGGUUUAGUGUAUCCUGGUGGGAAGUAAGGGGGGUUGUGAAUUGUGAGGGACGAAUAAUCAAUAGUGUGAGCACGUAGUUUUCUGUCCUCACAGAUACAAAACGAUAAAGUAGAUUGUGUCGCUCACAUUUGAGCUACAUUGCUACAUGAUAAUGUCACGAACUUCUUGUCGAUAGUAGGCAUGGUUGUGAGCAUCCAGUAUUGCAUAUAUGCGGUCUUAGUCUGCGUCAGCAUGUAACCAAGUGUCUCGAGUAGGCUUGGUUCCUGAAGUCACCGUUUCUUGAGUUGGACGACAAGUGUACCGCUCACGCAUCACAUGUUGUAUGGACAAGCCGACGGCUCUGGACCUCAGACUUGAAACCAGACGUGUGCAACGCUUCUUUGCACAUCUGGUCCUCAUACAGUUAGCAAAGUGCAUUGAGUGAAGGAGAGAGA